AUGGCGUUUAUUAAAGAGGAGAGUGAAGAUGUGAAGAUUGAAGAAACAUUCACAGUCAAACAGGAAGAUCCACAGGAAAAAACAGAUCUGAUGGUGCUGAAAGAAGAGACUCAUGGACAGAAUGAAAUAGAUGAGAAACAGCAGUUUAUGAAACCCCAAGAAAUAACGACUGAUGAAAAACCCACACUGACUAAAAAGACUUCAUCACACGGAAGACCUCGGGAAUCCAAAUCUGGGUGUAAUUUCAGCUGUAAACAGUGUAGAAAGAGUUUCAGCCAGAAGUCAAACCUUGAUGUUCACAUGAGAGUUCACACUAGGGAGCAACCAUACACCUGCGAACAGUGUGGAAAGAGUUUUGGUCAAAUACAAAGCUUUAAAGCCCACAUGAGAAUUCACACUGGAGAGGGAAAGUUCACAUGCCAAGAGUGUGGAAAAAGCUUUUAUCAAGCUGGAAACUUUGCAGCACACAUGAGAAUUCACACUGGGGAGAAGCCUUUCAGCUGUAAACAGUGUGGAAAGAGUUUCAGUCAAAAGUCAAACCUUGAUGUUCACAUGAGAGUUCACACUAGGGAGCAACCUUACACCUGCGAACAGUGUGGAAAGAGUUUUAGUCAAAAACAAAGCUUUAAAACCCACAUGAGAAUUCACACUGGAGAGAAGCCUUUCAGCUGUAAGCAGUGUGGAAAGAGUUUCUGUCAAAAGCCAAACCUUGAUGUUCACAUGAGAGUUCACACAAGGGAGAAACCUUACACCUGCGAACAGUGUGGAAAGAGUUUUGGUCACAAACAAGACCUUGACAUCCACAUGAGGAUUCACACUGGAGAGAAACCUUACACAUGCACAGAGUGUGGUAAAAGUUUCCCACAUAUAAGCUCACUUAAACACCACAUGAUAAGUCACACCAGAGAGAGGCCGUUUACAUGUGCUCAGUGUGGAAAGAGCUUCACAACCAAAACUAGCCUCAAGAACCACAUGAAUGGUCACACUGGAACCAUAGUGUUCACAUGUGAUCAGUGUGGAAAGAGUCUCAAACGGAAAGACACCAUAAAGAAACAUAUGAAGAUUCACUCAAGAGAGGAUCGUUUUAGAUGCAGUGAGUGUGGAAAGGGCUUUAAAAGUAAAAGAAGCCUCAACACUCACAUGAAGCUUCACAAUGCAGAGCAGAGUCCUCAACAUUGAGGCCUUGUCCAAACAAACACGGG